UCAUUCCUGGGAGCAGUCCAGUAGAUAGAUGCGCGCUGCGCUGGGUCCCAAAGGUGGCUGUCGCGGAGCCCAGGAAACUCUGCUGUUCCAACCUGAUGUUCUUUAACAAAGUACUUCUCAGCCAGACCGGCACAAAUCAAAGUUGGGAGACCCCGACACACCCACUUUCCCAUCUGGGCUGCUCUGGCCGCAGGCAAGAUGAAGCCGAAACUCGUGUACCAGGAGCUAAAGGUACCCGUGGAGGAAUCAGCCACCGAGCUGCACUUGAAUGAGAUCGAGGCUUGGAAGGCUGCAGAGAAGAAAGCCCGCUGGGUCCUGCUGGUCCUCAUCCUGGCCGUGGUGGGCUUCGGGGCCCUGAUGACUCAACUCUUCCUAUGGGAAUAUGGGGACUUGCAUCUCUUCGGGCCCACCCAGCGCCCAGCUCCCUGCUAUGACCCCUGCGAAGCCGUGUUGGUGGAGAGUAUUCCUGAGGGCCUGGACUUCUCCAACACCUCCACCAGCAACCCCUCCACUAGCCAGGCCUGGCUGAGCCUGAUCGCCGGCGCCCAAAGCAGUGUGGACAUCGCCUCCUUCUAUUGGACGCUGACCAACAAUGACACCCGCACCCAGGAUCCGUCCUCCCAGCAGGGCGAAGAGGUUCUUCGUCAGCUGCAGUCCCUGGGCACUCGGGGUGUGCAAGUUCGAGUGGCUGUGAACAAGCCCAAAGGGCCCCAGCCACAGGCAGAUCUGCAGGACCUGCUACGGAGUGGUGCCCAGGUGCGCAUGGUGGAUAUGCAGAAGUUGACUCACGGCAUCCUGCACACCAAGUUCUGGGUGGUGGACCAGACCCACUUCUACAUCGGCAGCGCCAACAUGGACUGGCGCUCCCUGACCCAGGUCAAGGAGCUGGGCGUGGUCAUGUACAACUGCAGCUGCCUGGCCCAAGACCUGAGCAAGAUCUUCGAGGCCUACUGGUACCUGGGCCAGGAAGGCAGCUCCAUCCCAUCCCCCUGGCCACGGACCUAUGACACCCACUACAACCAGGAGACGCCCAUGGAGCUCUGCCUCAAUGGGACCCCUGCUCUGGCCUACCUGGCAAGUGCACCCCCUCCACUGUGUCCAAGUGGCCGCACCCCGGACCUCAAGGCCCUGCUGAACGUGGUGGACAGUGCCCGGAGCUUCAUCUACAUCGCCGUCAUGAACUACCUGCCCACCAUGGAGUUCUCCCACCCGCGCAGGUUCUGGCCCUCCAUUGAUGACGGGCUGCGGCGGGCAGCCUACGAGCGUGGUGUCAAGGUUCGCCUGCUGGUCAGCUGCUGGGGCCACUCGGAGCCAUCCAUGCGGCCUUUCCUGGCCUCACUGGCUGCCCUGCGUGACAACCACACACACGCUGACAUCCAGGUGAAACUGUUCGUGGUCCCAGCGGACGAGGCCCAGGCCCAGAUCCCCUAUGCCCGUGUCAACCACAACAAGUACAUGGUGACCGAGCGUGCCUCCUACAUCGGAACCUCCAACUGGUCAGGCACCUACUUUACCCAGACGGCGGGCACCUCGCUGCUGGUGACACAGAAUGGGCAAGGCGGGCUACGGAGCCAGCUGGAGGACGUGUUCCUUCGGGACUGGAACUCUCCCUACAGCCACAACCUCGACACCCCAGCCAACACCGUGGGCAAUGCCUGUCGCCUGCUCUGAGACUCAGCCCACUCGGAUCCAACUGCCUGGCAGGCCCCAGCCCCAUGCCCCACCUCCCCCACC